UCGGUUGUUUGCUGUGCUAGUGUGUUGGUCAGGUGUUUUGUAAAGAACUCAAGCCUUUUGUAGUGUGUUUCUUCCGGGUGUUGUUCUGAUUAUUAUUGUGUUAUCAGCGAAGAUCUGCGUGCGUGAGCUUAUGUCGUGACUCACGGGUUGUUGGUUGACUUUUGGUUAAAUUCACCCAGCCGAGUCCAGACGAUGUUCCACCUCGCUUAAGUAUGGUUUGUUGAAACAAAUGCAGGCUAACAACCGUGGGCUAGCGCGAGAAGAAAGAAAUGCAUUCCAGGAAGAAUCUUCCGAACAGAAUCGAGUUGCUAAAGAGAAGACAAGCGCAGUCGUCUGCCGGAAGAAUGUGCAUUGGAGGCAAAACGAAAGAAAUAUGUACACAUACGAUACGAUAUGCUAAUUGAGGUGCCCAUUGUUGGCCUACUGGAUGUUACUGCUACUGGCUCUGUGUGAGCGGGCAUAAAAAUUCAAUAGUGUGAACAUUGCUUUCCGGUGUUAAUGCGGGUUAUCAUCCACGAUAUCGAGCACAAGUGAUUGAUUAUAAUUGUGGAAAUUGGUUGCAAGAAUCUUACUUUUAAGCGUGUGCGUCUUCGUACGUGGUUGCUGGUGAACCAGUUUCUACUUGCGCUGCGCUGUAGAGAGCUGCAAUAAAGGAAGCAAAAUCAGCAGUGUGCGGUCAGGCGGUUUAAAUUUGAUACUGAUACUUACUCUCUGGUGUGGUAGUUCAACCGGUGCGGAAGAUGACGAUUUGUGUGGUUCGUGGCUACGAUAUCAUCAUUUUAAUUAACCGGUUUCAGAAAACUGGUGAUUGUGAAAUGUGUUUUUCAUCAGCCACUGGCAAUUAAGAUAGACAAUAAUCAACAAAGUGUCAGUUUCCCGGGAGCACGAAGCAGCAGGACACUCACUCACUGGACGAAACCACACCGAAGUGAAAAUAAUAACUUUUUCGCCCAUCGGAUGAUAAUCCGAGAAAAAUAAGCACGCGCUUAAAAUCGUCGAUCGUCGGAUGGAAAGCGAGACACGAUACCAUCGAUCUCAGCUGAUUAUUAUUUAAUCACCGCUCACGUGUGUCUGUGUGUGCGUGCGUGUUUGUGUGUGGCAGGCACUGCGCCGGCGAAAAGUGCAACCAGCAUAGGCAAUUACGAGCCUCGAGAUAGCAUAGCAUCAUCGACUUAUUGGCACGUUCGUUAGACGUACCACCACGGGACGUUUCGCAGUGCAAUUUUGUUGGAGGGAAAUAUGUGUAACAGUGGCUAGGGAAAAGCGAGAAAAGUAAAUCGAACCCGGUUGGUAAUUGCAGUUCGUUAGAAAAGGAGAAAAAAAUAACAGAAAAUAAAUAAUUAAAUAGGAAAGGAAAAGUGAAGCAGUGCCGAUUGCAUCUCGUCGGGUUGGCUUAAGCUGGUUUCGGUUUGAUGGAGCGGCAACAGUUCUUCGAAUCUCUAUUCCGCUUGCAUUUUGCUGCCUAGCCGGCACCGAAUGGAUUGGAAAAUUUAAUGAUAAAAGGCAGAAUGAAGUGUGCUAUAUCAGCACUUUGCCUUGAUGCGUAUGAUUCGUAUGUGUUCGCUGCUUAGGCAUUAAUGACCGCGGGGCAUUAAAAUUAUAAUUAAAACCUCAAAAACCAGUGCAGAUAAAGUACGCAGCGAAGCUUUAAUUAAGAUUUAUUGGCUGAAGUGCCCGCUGCUGGCGGCAACACUGUGAAAAGCUUUUGUGUUUAAUUACCCGGUAGGGUCGAUUUAAGUAAGAUAGAGGAAAACCAUAACAGCUUCAAAGUGUCGUACAAGGCAAGGAUGCCUCCGGUUAAUCAACCGGAGACGAACGGCGGGUCCGCCGGCCCACCGAGCCGAACGCCAUCCAUCAUGGAUAGUCCGACGUUGGCUCGGGUCGAACGGGCCCGACUUCGGCAGGAGGCAGCAGCCGGAGGAGCGAAUGGAAGCUGCAGUCAUCAGCGGGAACAACGGGAGGACAGCCUGGAGCGAGCAUUGCUGGAUCCAAAGAAGUCCCUGCUAAUUGGACGCAUCCCGGUAGCCCAGAUGACCGGACCGAUCAAACGUGGCCUGCUCUGGCAGCAGCGAGACAGACUUUUCUCCAGAUGGAAAGAAAGAUAUUUCAUCUUGACACGCGACUAUCUCAAUUGCUUCAAACGAGCCUCCGGAUCGGGAUCGGAGAAAAUUUCCGACAUGGGCCAGUUCAUUUUUAAGAUCAAAUUGGUAGAUGUUGAAAAGGUGGAGUGGAUGAACCGCAAGUCGUACAGCGCAAUUGGCUUGCUUCUCGGUGCGCGAGAAGGUCGCGUUUUAUUGCGCUGCGAGCAGGGCUUGGAGGACUGGUUCGAGCUGUUGGAGGAGUGCACCCUGAGCAGCAAGGAACGACGCCGGGCACUCCGGCUUACGCAAGGACCGCGCUCCCGUGCCUCGCUGGCGGCUCCGGUUUCACACGCUUCACUGCAGAACAACCACCUGGGCCUUGGCGGUACCUACUCGGGAGCAAUUGAGGACUGGCUGAUGUCCCGGCACCACAAAACCGCCACCAAUCUGAACCAUUUACACUUCCUGCAUUCGGACUCGGUGCCGGAUCUGAGCGCCAUCAGCGAAAACGGAAUGGUGAACGGAAUGUUGACGAAUCAAUCCACCCCGAAGAAGGUGCCGAAUGCAAGACACAACCAUCUGGGCAAUCCCAGCAACGGAUACAGUAGUCACAGUGGUAGUAUCUAUAAUGGGUUCCCGUAUUCUCCGCUCAAGAAGCUGUCCGAUAACUUCAUCAACGGAAACAGUACCUACAUUAUCAACGAUGAAGAUGAGGAAGUCGAACUGCGCCGCGGAGGUCGUUACCGUGAUAAUGAUGAUCUGUACAGACGCCCUCUAGGGCCAACCGGAAACGAAGCCAAGAGACAUUCACUGCUCGCCGAUUUGGACUAUUCCGCAUGUGAUAGUGGUCUCGAUACGCCACCCUCAACUCACCGUCCGUCGAGCUGCCGGGACAACAUGUACUUGGUGGCCGCCUACAAUCACCACAACCAAAGCUUGAAUAAGGACAAAACCACGGACACCGGAAUCAGCUCGUCGCGCGGAACGCUGGUUUCGCCAGCAAACAGCAUCCGUUAUGGAUUUCUCAACAACAAUAAUAAUAACAUGAAUAGUUACGGCUCGAGGUACAGUGUACAGGAGCAGAAGAUUCUUCGAGCUCGUAACCAAGCGGAAGAUAAUAAAAACUCAAUCCGUUCGAUCCGGACAGAAUUCUUCGAACAGAACAAGUAUAACAACAACAGUACGAAUAACAAUAACGGCGCAACGAUUACCAACGGACACCAUUUGCACUCGCAGCAUCAGGGAACUGUUGGCAGCAAUGGAAACAUCCACCAGCUGCAUCAUCAAUUACUACACCAGCAGCAGCAACAGCAGCAACAACAACACCAACAACACCAACAUCACGUAAAUGGGUUGAACAAUAAUAGCAACGGACAUCACUACAAUGGUAACAGUAUUAAUGGUAGUGGCGGCAAUGGAAACGGCACGGCGGCACUGCGCGAGCGCUAUCAACAUCCGGCACUGGCUGCCAUCAUCAGUGAUUCGCAGGGAAUGAAGUUUAGAGAUCGUUCCUACUCCGACUGUCAGCAAGUGCCCCGCCGGCAGUGGAUCACGAACACGCCCAGCCCGAAACGCAUUCCAUACCUAGGAACUCCACCCACUCGUGUCUAGGAUGUCUGAUGGACGAUGAUGAUGAUUUUAGAAUGCUGAUUUACAAUGAUGAUUUUAGAAGGCUCUAGGCUCUGCCUAAUGUACUAGGCAGGGAACGUUAAUUUCAGGUUUGAUCAAUUAAAGAUAAACCCCACGCCUCCCCCGCGCAGGUGUGAUCACAUUAUGUAGACUUGAUAUCUAUUUGUCGUACGAAGCUGCGAAAUGCUACGCGUAGAGUUUUAGCACUUUCACUUCCUAGAUCUUUAGGCGUGCCGCCUACUUUCAUUAGGUAUCUAACAGUAGGGCAGAACACAUAUCAACGAGUGAGUUUGGUUUGGUUAGGCACUGAAGCAUUGGAAAAACACUUAGAAAUGAGUUUUCGAAUGAUUGUACCGAGUUGAUUGAAUUGUAAAAAGCAAAGAUGUAUUAUAAAUUUCUACUCGAAGAAAGACCAGCAUCGCGGCAAAAUUGUUUUUAGGUUUCGAAUAAUAGCUUACAAAUAAUGUGGAAAGCCAAAUUUAGUUUUCCAUUCGAUCAAUUUUUUUUUUGUUUAGUAAUGUCUAAACUAAAGUGAAAGUUUGUUUUGUUAUGAUAUUGGCUCUGGUUGCAAGAUCGAAUAUAUUUAGAUCAAUUAGUAAACGAAACGCUUCAAAAACGUAUUUACACUAUUGUAUUCUCGUUGAGCAUAAAUUCAAAAUGCAGGUACAUGCAAUGCUACAAUUACUAGUAAUAUAUAGUUGCAACUUGCAAGUCCAACAUGUGUGAAGAGACAGUUGCGCCGUCUGGCCUCCAGCUACGGCUACAUUAGAUGCGAGCAACGGAAGCAUGUGUUCAAUUGAUCGCUAAUAACCAAUUCGUAAGAUAUUUGGGUUUUUCAGCUGAAGAAAUACAUUGUAGAACGAAACGUGUUAGUGAAU